AGAUUCCAUACGGUGAUCGAAUGGAAUUACUACUAGAUACUCAUAGUGUAAUAUUACCAUGGCGUGAAUCAUGGAGAAGACGGUUGAUGAAAUUUGUGCGUCGUGCUGCGCGGGAAUCAUGUGACACCAAUAAUGUUGAUAAUAAUGAAGAGUUGAAAAGGACUCGUCGAGUACAAAGGUUACGUUUGGAGACAGACUAUUAUGGGUUGAAUAACCCACUAGGUCAGCAAAGUCGCAUAAAAUCUCCCUCUAUGUCUUAUCAGCCAGAAAAGAUGAGGUCAUCCACAAAAAUCCUAUCCAAUGUCAGGCGUAUCAAACAACCAUCAGCUUCUAACCUACAUAAUUCUGGAGAUGCUAAUGUAUAUUACCCAUCUGACAAGGAUGCUUCACAUCAUGCAGCUUAUCAAAAUAUCUUUUCAUCCUUCUAUUCAAAUCAAUAAAUUCAGGUCAAAAAGUCAAAGUGAAAUAUUAUUUUAUUGGUACAAAAUACUAAUGGUAGAAGUCGACUUUAAAUUCGCAGUCAUUUAUGUACAAACAAAUGAAAGACUGUUUACAAUUACAUACUUAUCACAUUGAGAAAGCAUCAAACUAUGAAGGUUUUCUGAAAUAAAUUGUCUACUGACACUCGAACAACUACUAACUAUCAGUGAACAGAAACAUGUAGUUUAUUUCCGACUGAGGAGUAAUCAAUUAAUUAUUAUUAAUAAUAGUAAUAAUAACACAAAUUAUGCAAUUUUUUGUUAUUCUGCCAAUAAAUUUGUGAGGAACGUAUUUUAAUGAAGUAUCGUUCCUAUUCAUAAAACGUAUAAAUUUCUUCUGGAAAUAAAUUGAACACACACGCACACACAGAGAACAAGUGCACAAUGACAGAAAUUGUCAUUUAUUGUUCAUGGCCUGUCCAUGUUUCUUCUUUUAGUAAUACAUUUACCAUGACAUUCAUUAUUAUAUUAUUUAUCGUCAUCAUAAUAAUUACUUCAUUGUUUUCCUUUUCGAUGAGAAUUAAAGUUAAUGUUAUUACAACAUUCACGUAGUACAUGCAAAUAGCUGUUUAAAUACACUACAUUUAUUCAAUCAGUGAAUAUGAAUUGUUGAAAUGGAAUAAUCUAGAUUGUUUUGUAAAUUUUAACAUAGCAAGUAGCAAUGCAUUUACACUUAAAGUUUACUACUACCUCAUAUGCGACAUUAUUCCCUUAUAUGUCUAUCUUAAUACACAUUUCUCAUUUCCAAUUCUCUCAUUUCUUCGCUAAUUAACAUAGCCAAAUUAUGUGUUAAAAAUGAGACAUUACAAUGAUUACUGCACACCACACUGGAAACAGACAUGCAUUUAAUACCCAGAAUUUUCUGUUCCACCUAACUACAUAAAGGUUUGUUGUUUAAACCUGUCUUUAAAAUUUAUACUUUUCUCCUUAUUACAACAUGACGAAAUACCCUGCAUCCAUAUAAAUACGUAAUUUUAAAACUUCUCCAUACAAAUUGAAAGAGUGUUUAUCAGUAAGAAAUAAGUUAUUGGGAA